AUGAAAGGUAAGUGAUCGUAAUGAAUUUCUUUAUUUAAUUGAUAUUUUUACAAUAUUAUUAUAGAUAUAAAUAAUGUAAUAAUGGAAUAAUUGUGAUUCAUAUAAACAUAAAAAACAUGCACGCAUGAUAAGGUAAGGUUAGGUUGAAUUUAAACCAUCUAGAGGGCAGUACCUAUUUUACGUAUGUUAUAUGUAAUCGUUCAACGUGCCGCAUAUCCCUCGGGAAGCGAACUUCUUUGACUAAAUAUAAGAUCACCGCUUGUACACGCCGCGAGUUUUUGACUCCAUAAGCGAUCAUCAGAGAUGAAUUGACAAGCCGUAUUGACAGAACUUUUGCCAAACGUGUAUCUUCGAUCCGUCUCGAUCUACGAUCGCGUUACGAGGUAGGUAUCUUCUGUCAAGGCAUGCUUACCAAGGCAUGCUACGCAUACUUUGCAAGCUGCUUCACCUCGUGUCUUUUUUUUGCAUUGUAAUUACGCGAUUUUAUAACACCUAAUUUUUUCCAAAUUUUUCUGAAUCCCUGUAAAUCUUUUUGGUAUGCACAGGGCAUUGAUAUCUUCUAUGAAUCACUUUUAUUUCUGUUUGCUUCGUUCCCGAAUUUGAAUUUUUCGAGUGUCAUUUUAUGAAAUUUUAAUGUUCUCUGCGCUAUUUUAAUUCUUUUCUCGCAAUUAUCGACUUUUUUACCCGUUUGCAUUUCGAUAAAGAUUUUUAAAUCGUUCCCGAAUAUUACAUUCGUUAACAUUGAUAUUAUUUUUCGUCAAUAUUUGAUAUUAUUUUACUUUAAUAUAUUGUAUUUAUAAAAGUGCUCUAAAUGGGAAAAAUGUCAUUUAAUCAUUAGAAAUCAAAGUAUAAAUCUAGAUAUUAAAAUAGAAAUAGAUAAAGUGUUUCAAUAUAUUUAAUACAUAUGUUUUAGAAUUUAAAUAUUUGAAUAUUACAAAUACAAUUUAAAAUAUCAUCAUUGUUGAUAAAAACUGAAAAUAAAUAUAAAAUUACAAAAAUUUAUGUUAUCUUUUUUCUUUUGUUACGUUCGAAAUUUGAUAAAAAAAUUUAUAAAGAACUAUCAUUUUUAAUUGCAGUGCAAUAGAUAGGAAUGGAGUUCGGAGUAGGCAAUGUUGCCCAAAUAUCAGCAGAACUUGCUCAAGUAGUGGAGGUAAUGAUGUCACCAAAUGUUCCACAACAGCAGCGUUUAGAAGUAUACAAUGCUUGUGAGCGAUUCAAAGAAUCCUCUCCUUUAUGUGCACAAUGUGGAUUGUAUCUAGCUCAAAAAGCUCCAAACAGAAGUUCAGUUGUUAGGCAUUUUGGAUUACAACUUAUGGAACAUUGUAUCAAAUAUAGAUGGACACAAAUAUCUCAAACAGAGAAAAUAUUUAUAAAAGAGAAUGCAAUGAAAUUGCUUCAAGAAGGCACAGAACCAUUGUUACAGGAAGAAGCUCAUAUUAAAGAUGCGCUUUCUCGGGUUGUAGUAGAAAUGAUAAAAAGGGAAUGGCCGCAACAAUGGCCUACAUUACUUGCUGAACUUAGUCAAGCAUGUACAAGGGGUGAAAGUCAAACUGAGUUAGUUCUGCUAGUAUUUCUAAGACUUGUAGAGGAUGUUGCACUUUUACAAACAUUAGAAUCUAAUCAAAGAAGAAAGGAUAUAUAUCAAGCACUUAACACGAAUAUGGCUGAAAUUUUUAGUUUUUUUUUAAGAUUAAUGGAACAACAUUUUUCUGAAUUUCAAAAGAAGAAUAAUUUAGGUUGUACUUCUGAAGCUGCGGCACAUAGCAAAGUUGUACAGGUAGUACUGUCCACAUUAACUGGUUUUGUGGAGUGGGUUUCAAUUACUCAUAUUAUGGCGGAAGAUGGUAGAUUAUUGCAGAUAUUGUGUCUUCUGUUGGGAGAUCCAAUAUUUCAGUGCUCAGCAGCUGAAUGUUUAUUACAAAUUGUAAACCGUAAAGGCAAAGCUGAGGACAGAAAGCAAUUAAUGAUUUUGUUUUCUGAAGAUGCUUUGAGAUAUAUUUAUACAGCAGCAACUGCAGCAUCACCUGUCACUGGAACAAAUGAAUUUCAUGAGAACCAUUAUUUGUUUUUAAAAAAAUUAACACAGGUAUUAACUGGAAUGGCUACUCAACUGUGUACACUUUGGGGUAAAGAUGAUAGUUCUAAUAUUCGACCAACACAUUUCAACAUAUUUUUAGAUACCGUGUUGACAUUUACCAUGUAUUCAAGUUUGACAUUAACGCAUAUGGCAAAUGUAAUUUGGAUAAUGCUGUUUAAACAUGAACAGAUAAAACAAGAUCCAUUGUUGUUAACUUAUAUACCAAAAUAUGUAGAACAUACAGCGCCAAAACUAAUAAAAGUGACAUAUCCACAAGAUAGACAAGCUAAUGGAAUGAGCGCAUAUUGUCUCGCAGAUUAUGAUUCAAUGGAAGAAUUUAAUGUCUUCCUUCAUCGAUUCAGAACUGAUUUAUUGGAAGGUUUUCGACAAGUAACAAUGGUAGCUCCUUUGGUUACAUUUACUUAUGUACAACAAUGGUUAACAGCUAAAAUAACAAAAGGAAUGGCGGACCUUCGAUAUCAAAGUGACCAAAAUGAUCCACAAUAUCUUGAAUGGGAAGCUCUUGCGCAAGCCUUAGAUUCUGUUGUAUCAAGAAUUCUAUUGAUUAACGAACGACCAAGCGUACAAACUGGCCUUCAAUUGUUGGAAUUAUGUCUCGGUUAUUCGCCCCAAGAUCCUUGGUUAUUAUCCGCGCUGCUUUCUUGCAUCAGCGCUCUCUUUGUGUUUUUAUCUAUGUCAACUGGUUCAAUGGCUAUGCCAGGUGUGGCUAUCCUACCUAGAGUUCUAGAGAAAAUUUUCGCUGCUCUGGUAUUUGAAGCUCCUGGUGAAACAAAAGGUACUCGAUCUAGAGCAGCAAAAAACGUAAGACGACAUGCGGCUAGUCUUAUGGUUAAAAUUAGUCUGAAAUAUCCAUUGCUACUUCUACCAGUUUUUGAGCAAAUACAUACAAUGGUGCAGGGUUUAGCAAGAGAACCUAGUCCUUUAUCUAAGAUGGAAACUACAUUACUUUAUGAAGCAUUGUUAUUAAUAUCAAAUCAUUUUUGUGAUUAUGAAAGGCAAACCAGAUUUGUCGCAGAAAUAAUCGGUGAUGCAUCAGCGAAGUUUAUCACGCUUGGAUCAGAGUCGUUUAAAGGACCACUCGAAUUAAUGAGAUUCGUAGGUUUAGACCGAGCACCAGUUGAAAAUAUUACGGAAGAUCCGGCAGGUCAAAGUCGAAGCGACUUAAUGAUAUGUAUCUCCACAAUAUUGUGCGUUGUAAAACGCUGUUCUAUCCCCGAUGAUCCUGAUCGCGCUGCAAGAGGCAGCUUUGUAGCUGCGCUUAGCGAAAGUGGGAAUCCAGUGUAUAGAAAUCCUGCUACACCACAUGUAAUUCCUAUACUGCCAACACUUUUUGCAUUGCUCAGAACAAUGAACGCUUUAUUUACACCUGCUGCUUUAGCAGCUUUAUCAGAGGGAUAUAAAAAUGCUCAUGAAUUAUUGGAAGCAGAGAAAGCAAAUCUGUUAGGUUUAAAUACAACAAAUGAUAGUGAACGAGCUUCUGAACCUGAUCAGUCUUCGUUUACAGCUUUAAUUCGAAUGCAGUCGUUUCUAAGUACCAUUCAUGACUUAUGCUACCAUAUGUUAGGUAGCGGAUGUCAUAUGAUUGGCAGAGAUUUUUACCAAUUACCUGGUUUAGCACCAGCGCUCAUUAACUCAGUUUUCUCUAAUAUGGAGAUGAUUCCAGAUUAUAGGUUGCGACCAAUUAUACGCGUUUUUAUGAAACCAUUCAUAUAUUCUUGUCCACCUGCAUUUUAUGAAAGUGUUCUUGUACCUGUAUUGGCUCAUGUUUCUACGCAUAUGUGCCAAAGGUUAAGUGCGAAAUGGCAAUACAUUGCACACCUUUAUGAAUCUGGUGGUUUGGACGAAGAAAAUACGGAUACACAAGAAGUUAUCGCUGAUAUGUUAAAUCGAAAUUUGACAAGGGAUUUUGUAGACGUAUUGAAAGUAGCUCUUAUCGGAGGUGCUGCUAGUGAUGCGACUCCUGAUAUUAUAGAACAAGAUAGUGGCAGUAUGGCUAUCGAUGCUCCUUCGUCACGUGGAAAUAGUAUAGUUGCUGAAGUUGUUAGUGAAUUGGGAACUGUCGUUCUUCGUCAUCCAUCUACGUGCCAUAGCGUCGUUCUAUGUGUUUUAGGAGCUUUAGCUUGGAACGAUUCAAAUGCAAGUUUGAAGGCUACAAUGUUAACUGGACCGGUUGUACGAGCAUUGGCAGCUGAUGGCAGUUUAACGCCUGCUAUGGCUGCUCACAUUAUGGUAGCUAUUCUUCAAGGUUUACAGCUUCAUGGACAACACGAAGCAAAUCAAGGUUCACUUAUAACUUUGGGUGCACAAGUCUAUGAAUGCCUACGACCUAAAUUUCCCAAUAUUAUUGAAGUAAUGCAGCAAAUUCCGGGUGUAAAUCCUACGGAUUUACAACGUUUCGAUGAAAAAAUGGCUGUGGUUAGUACUAAAGGAAAUAAAGUUGAAAAAGGAAAGAAAGAUCUUUUUAAGAAAAUCACAAAUCAGCUCAUUGGUCGAAGUGUUAGUCAAUUGUUUCGUAAGGAAAUUAAAAUAGACAAUUUACCACGUAUAGAAAUAUUCGGUAAACAACAAGCGGUACGUGUAGAUGAGGUAUCCGAGAAUUCGACUGAUAGCGGGUUUGCAGCUUUGUUUGCAGGACCUACGUAG